UCACUCCUCAAGAGAAAUCACUGAGUCCUCUGCAGUGGUGCAGACGUGUUCUGGAUCAUCCAAGUCCUGAGAUAGAGGCUGCAAAACGUUCCCUAUGCUUUAGAUUGGAACAAGAUGCCUGUUCUCCUGAGCAAGAAUUUACAUCUUUGAUUCAAAUUGUAGCUAACGUCUGGUACAUAUCCACUUAAGAGAACUGUCAUAUGUUCUGUGUGGCAUAUAGAAAUUAAGUUCUUUUAUUAACUAGAGCAAACCCUUGCUACCUUGUCUGAAGUAGUACACUAACUACUAUAUAAUAGUCUGGUGGUUUUUUUAACUGUAGUGCAAUGAAUAGACUAAAGGAAUAGGAUGUCUUCAGCAGAAGAGCAUGACAGCCCCUUUUGUAGUAGCUGAGCUCUGAUCUGCAAGGAGAAUUGAACUAAUACCUGUUCUUUAAAUCAAACAGAGAAGGGAUAAGUAGCCUUGCUCCUCGUACUAGAGGAAUCACCUAAGUGUGGACUUAAAGAGUGAAUGGGCGAAAGCCGUCUUCCUCUGUUUUAUGAAUGACAGUGAGCCCUUCUUGCAAUCUAUAUUACAAAAUCUGUUCUACUCUCUAAAGUAAUCCUUUCAACAUGUUUGUUUUUAAAAAAAUAAAUUUAACACUGUAGUUGAAUGCUUGCCCUAAUUGUUACAUACUUAUGAAGAGUUUUAGCUGAUGUGGUUUCAUUUUUGUUUUCUGGAAUGGCACUUCUGCUACUGUCUCCUGUCUUCUUAUUCAACUCCUGAGACCAAAGCUGCAGAAAGGGAGCCUGUUCAUCAGAGGUCUGUGGGACUGCUGUGAUUGCAAUGACUCAGCUCCUGUACUGAAUGCAUAGGAAGAUAAAUACGAUGACACAGAUGAUCUUAGACCUACCAGUGUAAAGACACAAAGACUCAAGACAUCACAAAGCAGCUGCUGUUCUCUAAGGGAUGAAAACAGCAUUUCCAAAAGAAUGGAUGCACUGCUGUCAUUGGGGUUUUAAAACUGCUUUUGGCCGAUUGAACUGGAGAUAUCUAAUGUACAAUUGCGAGAGAUUGGCCACCUGAUCAGGAAGAGGGAGUUGAUGAGGCCUGCUACAGACAGCUGCAGGUAGCCUCACCAUCACAGGCCCUGGUUCUCAUGGGGGGCUUCAACCACCCUGAUACCUGCUGGAAAGACAGCACAGCUGGGCACACACCAUCCGGGAGGUUCCUGCAGAGCAUUGAUGAUAACUUUUUGACACAGCUAGCCGAUGGCGGAACCUCUUCUCUACACCUGUCUCCUUGGCUUUUCCCUAUAGUCCUGUUGCGAGACUCACCCCAUAUACCAAUGGCUUUAAUAGUCCCAGCUUCUCUAAAACCUCCAGUAAAGCAAUACUAACACCUGAACGGACAGGUUACAUUUCUAGGAGUUCCCCUUUGAGCCCACAGUCAUCAAUAGACAGUGAACUGAGCACCUCAGAGCUGGAGGAUGAUUCCAUCUCCAUGGGAUACAAGCUGCAGGAUCUCACUGAUGUUCAGAUCAUGGCUCGUCUACAGGAGGAAAGCCUUAGGCAGGAUUAUGCUUCAACUUCAGCAUCUGUGUCAAGGCACAGUUCAAGCGUCUCUCUGCAUGUGGGAAAGAAAGGGACGUGCGGUGACCAGGAAUAUGAUCGCUAUAGUCUUGAGGAUGAGGAAGAGUUUGACCACCUUCCACCUCCGCAGCCACGGCUGACUCGCUGCUCCCCCUUCCAGAGAGGAAUUCCUCAUUCACAGACUUUCUCCAGCAUCCGGGACUGCAGGAGGAGCCCUACCUCCCCACACUUCCCUUCAAAUACCUAUCAGCAGCCCUACUACUCUCCUCAAGCCCAAACUCCAGAGCAGCAACCAAGUAGGAUUAAUGGAGAUAAACUUCGGAGAAGCAUGCCUAACCUCGCGCGGAUGCCAAGUACCCCCACCAUUAACAGUAACACUGGCUUUGCUACUUCUCCAGUCACUGUGAGGAACAGUCAGAGCUUUGACUCCAGUUUGCAUGGAGCGAGUAAUGGGAUUUCAAGGAUGCAGUCAUGUAUUCCAUCACCAGGACAGCUUCAACACAGAGUUCACAGUGUGGGACAUUUUCCAGUGUCUGUCAGACAGCCUCUCAAGGCUACUGCCUACGUAAGCCCAACCGUACAAGGCAGCAGUAGUAAUAGCAGUAUUCCAGUGUCCAACAACGUGCAGUUAUAUUCUAACACUGGGAUCCCGAUGCCAAACAAGACUGCCAGUCAAGGGAUUGUAGGGCGCAGUGCCCUUCCAAGACCAUCACUGGCCAUCAAUGGGAGUGGCAUACCCAGAAGUAAAAUUGCACAGCCAGUACGAAGUUUUCUUCAGCCUCCAAAGCCACUUUCGUCACUCAGCGCAAUGCGGGAUGGGAACUGGAGAGAUGGCUGCUAUUGAUGAAGGAUGCCCAUCAGCAGUGGAAAAUAAAUAAUGCGGAUUUCAUUACCCAGCUGGCUGGGUAACAAUGAUUUGGGAAAGGAGGGUCAUACAGCAUUAUUUCCCCUGGGAUUUUAAUAUUUAACCAUCCAUAAUGCAAUGUCAUUUUUAAAAAAUGAACAUCUUAUCAAAUACUAAAUAUUGCACUUAAUCAGUUACCUGAACAGCUGCAUUGUUAUCAGACUAACAAUGGCAGUGUGGGCAUUUGGAAAUGAAGGAAGUAUUACUUAUGUGCAAAGUACCAGAAUAUUUCCUUGGAAAGAACUAGGGUGAUAAUGCUUUCAGUCAGCUUUGCCGUACUGAAAUUUUAAGAUAAUUUAUUCAGUGUAAAGGCAUCAUGCAUUUUAUUUUGAAUUUGGGGGGACUUAUGUAUGUGCUUGAAUUCUUUUCUAGUGUUUCCAGUACAUUUUAUUUUGUAUACUUACAUUCAUUUAAACUUGCCUGAACCUUGAACGACAGAGAGAUAAUUUAACUUUUCUGUGCCAUAAAUAAUAUUUUUGGGGUAAUGUACUUUUUUAGGGCUAGGAACAUAUCUUACAAAAUCGUACCAUUGGCAAUACAAAGCAGUAUAUUUAUGUUGCAGAAGCACAAAAAAAGUAGCAUUCACUGGAAAUUGCCAUCCAGCUGGGUCAGCAUGGUUUUGUUGGUCUUUCACCAUUUGUUCAAUUGUUAAUUUAUUGUCAUAGUGUUUUGUAUUUAAAAUGGCAGCAUAAGUCACAUUGCACUUACAAAGAUACAGUGAUCUCUAAAACUACAGUUGAUUUUCAGUACUUUAUUACAAAGAAUAAAAUUGUAAUGUUUUAUUAACAGUUGCUUAUGGAAAAUGAGUUUUAAUGCAAAUAAAUCUUUUUGAUAGAUCUUUUACAAAAUCCAAUUGCACUAAUCAAUGCUUUCUUAUAAUGGCAUAUGACUUAAUAUUUGAUUACAACGUGUAUACUGCUGUUUUGGAAUGUUUCAGAAAUAAAGAAUCUAUUUCAGCAAUAA